AUGCUUUUUUGUCGGCGCUUUCGUCGACGGUUUUCCUUGACUUCUCUGCUUUUUUCGGUGGGAUUUAUUUUCUCUGUGUUCAAAGAUUUCGCAGAGAAAAAGGUGAAGGAAUAUCGACUGAAAAGAGUGUUUGGGAACAUGGAUUUCUUCUGUUUUGAAUGCGGUUUUUAGUGUAAAUGUUGGACAUAUUAGUGGGAAAAGGUUUUCUCAUUUUAUCGCAAGAUUUUUUAUAUGAUUCUAGAUACCUAGAUAGCUAACAAUUUUUUUUGAGAGUUUGAACUAAAGUAAAGUAUGAUGAUAUCCUGUAAAAACCGUAGAGGAUACAUUUACUGUGUUUCACAUUCCCUUUUCAACGAUUUUUUGUCAAAAACUUGAAAAAAAUUUGUAAAUGUUUUUUUUUCUGUUCAAGGCUAAUAUAAUAUUUAAAUUGGUGCAAAAUACGUUAAUUUAAGAUCCGCCGGGGCUAUGAGGGAUUUCUAGUUAAUUAACGGUUGAAUCUGAGCAAUAAAAACGACAAAAUUAGUCUAUUUCUCCAAUCUUUCUCUUAACAAGCCAUUUUUAGUCAUCAUUUUGCAAUUUAUGACAUUUCGAGCAAAAAUUGGCCUAAUUUUUAGUUAUUUUUCUGAUUGCAGGUUCUUAAAAAAGAUGCUUGUUGACUGACAUGUGAUGUUGGAUAUUCUCCAUAUUCCCUUUCCGAGAUUUUCAAUAUUCUCCAUGACCACCUAGUACAAUAUAAUUUUUCAGAUGUCCGACAAAACUGAGCUCGCGUUGGGCGACAUUAUUAAGGCCAACAAAGAGAACCGCCAGAAACGAGGAGGUGCUCAGAAAAAAGAGGCCAAGAAGUUGCCAGUCCAAGGGGGUGUGGCCAAAAAGGAGAGACUCCCUUCAAGACCCUCGACUCACAACAACCGAUCCAGAUCGUCCUCAAGACCGGUCUCUAAAGAUGAGUUGGAAUUCCUGAGACUCGGCAACAUCCCCAGCAAUGUCUCCGAGCGCGAAUUGGCCAGUCUUUUCCAUCAAUACAAGCAAGCGAGGACCUAUCUUCAUCACGACUCCAGAGGAAGAUCGUUGGGGACUGGCGAGAUCCGAGCCCCUCAAGGGACUGUAGAUAGAAUUCGGAGAGAUUUCAGUGGGGUUUUGAUUGACAAACGCCCUUUGGACAUCAGAAUGGUAACAAGUUCGAAGGAGAAGAUCAGCGAGAGGAUUACGGUAGCGAAAAAGAGUAAAAGUAAACCGAAGAAGAAGAAGAAUGUGGCAAGAAAGGGUGGCAAAAUUACAGCUGAGGAGUUGGACAAAGAAUUGGAGCAGUACAUGACUCAAAAGAAGGAGGAGAAAAUCGAGGAGAGCAAAAAUUAA